UGGUGGAUGUUACAUCAUUUUUCUGCAUUUCCACCCCCGAGCCCCACCUCGUGUAUAAAAAGCAGGAACAUGUUGGGGAACACAUUACUUCCUGACUAAGGAGGCUGUAAACAGUGACACAAGGAACCUUGCCUGGCAGAUACAAUGAAGAAGCUGAUCCUCGAUGUGGACACAGGGGUGGAUGAUGCUCAGGCCAUAAUGAUGGCCCUUGCAGCCUCCAAUGUGGAGAUAUUGGCGAUCACCUGCACCCACGGCAACACUCCCCUACAGAACUCCCUGAAGAACACCCUCCGUGUCUUGAAAGUCUGCAACAGGCUGGAUAUAAAGGUCUACGCUGGUUUUGAGGAGCCCUUACUUGGCCACAAAAUAAGCGCGGGAGAAUUUCACGGGAAGGAUGGCCUGGGCGACGCCCCAGAUGCUGAGGCUCCAGGCUUGGAGCUGGUGCAGAAGACAAAUGCAGUGGAGGCCAUCAUUUCUAUUACCAAACAAAAUCCAGGGCAGGUGACCCUGGUCUCAACAGGACCCCUCACUAACCUGGCCCUCUCUGUCAAAAUGGACCCCUGCUUGCCUGCCAGGCUGAAAGACAUCUACAUCAUGGGAGGCAACAUAGAAUCAAGAGGGAACACGACUGUGUGCGGAGAAUUUAACUUUCUCGCUGACCCUGAAGCUGCCUACAUUGUGCUGGAACGUUACACUUGUCCCACCACAAUCGCCUCCUGGGAGUUCAGCUGCAGGAACAGCCUGCCCUGGUCCUUUUGUGACACCUGGCUAGCCCAAAAUACACCAAAGGCUCAUUUUAUGGAGACUAUUUAUGCCCACACCCGUAAGAUGGUUCAAACAGACCGAUACCAAAAGGAGAUGGUGUCAGGAUUUGGGUUUAACACUUGCGACGCCUAUGCUGUAGCUGCAGCCAUCAAUGAUGAUGUGGUACUAGAAAGUGAGAAGGUGGCUGUGACAGUGGAGUUGGAGGGUAAAUAUACCAGAGGUAUGAUGGUUCUUGACUACAUCGACGCACUGGACAAGGAGCAUAAGGUCAACAUCUUGAAGAGAAUGGACCUCGAGGUGUUCAAGCAGCUGCUGAUGAAUGCACUGAAGUAGCAGGGCUGACCCAUAAUUUUAGGAGGAGCAGUAGUGGUUUCUUGUGUGUAUGGGGUGCUUUUUCUUUUUUUUAGGUGGUGUGGGCGAGCCAAAGGCCCCCCCCCUACGAAAAUCAGAUAUGAAAUGCAUUUCUCUUGGAAUCAUGACAUGUCAGUAAUUGGCCUUUGUAUAACGAAUUUAGAGCCCCUUGUGGAGUUGCCCUCUGUAGAAGGGAUACGUUUUUCAAAGCUCAAGUUAAUAACAAAUCCUCUCGAGGUCAACCAUAUAUCCUAGUAAUUGGCCUCAGCAUCAUAAGCAUCAACCACACAGUUGAGAAGCCAAUAUCAUACAAGGACACCAUAAAUGAUUUAGCAUCAGGCACUGCCAGAAGGAAACACUUGUGAAAUAAUGUAAAAUAAAAUCCUGAACAUCAAAUAAAGUAAGCAUACUGGGCGGAAAAAUCCAACAUU